CGUACACUUCCACUUCCGGUUCUCAAUUCCGGAAGUUGCUCUCUGAGGUAACGUGCUGGUUCGUGUGGUCUUUGUGAGAUUCCACCAUGGCGUACCGUGGCCAGGGCCAGAAGGUCCAGAAGGUGAUGGUGCAGCCCAUCAACCUCAUCUUCAGAUACUUGCAAAACAGAUCCCGGAUUCAGGUGUGGCUCUAUGAGCAAGUGAAUAUGCGGAUAGAGGGCUGUAUUAUUGGUUUUGAUGAAUACAUGAACCUUGUAUUAGAUGAUGCAGAAGAGAUUCAUUCUAAAACAAAGUCAAGAAAACAGCUGGGUCGGAUCAUGCUGAAAGGAGAUAAUAUCACUCUGCUACAAAGUGUCUCCAACUAGAAAUGAUCAAUGAAGUGGGUCACAGAGAAAGCUGCAAUUUUUUUUUUUUUUUAAUUUAGCUGCCCUUUGCCUGGAAUAUAGUUCUAAAGCAUUAGUUCACAUUGUUUUGAUGACCUAUGUUAUUACCAGAUGAAAAUAAAUGCUGUGGGACUCUUUUUAUUAAAAAAAUUUACAUUGUUUCUUCUUAAUUCAGUGGUAAAGACCUUUUACACAGUGCCAUUAUUAGCUGUUGGUAUUUAUUUUAAAGUUUCUAAAUGGUUAGGAGUUGCUCUGGGCAUUUGCUUUUUUCAGAGCAUGAACUUAUUUAUUCUUAGUAUUCUGACAGGCAGUGUUCCAAUAUUGGGUGGCAGAGAAAGUGAAGGUUUACAAAAAUAAA